UUUUGGGUGUAUGCGCUAGCCGUUUGCGAUCUUCUCGGAGAAGCUGUUUUCCUGCUUGGUUUCUCCCAGGAAGUUGCAGACACUCGCUGUGGAGAGGCGCCUGUCUCCAACGCAGACUUGCUCGCUCCCGUUUUUUCGCGUUUUUACCGGCAAGGGAGGUCUUGCUUCUCCUUUGUCGUCUUCGUUAGAGCAACAAUUUGUCUUGUUUUCUCUUUUCUCUCAUUCUUUGGCCUUUUUGGCGGAUCCAAGGUGUGGAGGAUCUCAUCUUCCCAGGCGCUACUCGCGAUCGAACGUUGGGUGUCUGUCUUAUACACCCGGGAAGGAGGUGACCUGGGGACUCGCGAAGGCGCUUUUUUACUCGCAAAUGGCAUAGCUGGAGGACACAAAGCACACCUUCGUUUUUCUCGUUUUCUGCUGUUUCCGUCCCAAAAUUCGGCUUCCUUGACAGGAGCCCUUUCGCGUCUCUCCGUUCCUCCUCCUCCUCCGCGCCGAGUCUGCCGAAACCGCCGCUUUCCACUCCCGCGGCGCGUUUCCCGCUGUCUGGUUGGCUGUUUCCAGCCUUUCAAUCUCUGCCUCGUUCGCCACUCUCUUUCCUCCCCCUCAGCAUCGCUUUCCUCUGCUGCUUCGCCGCGCUCGGUUGGCACUGCACCUUGCAGAGUCGAGUUUAUCGAUCUUCCGCGGCGCCCUCUGUCUCACCUGGUGGGAGGAGAGAAGAGGACAGUGAGGGGCAGCAAGAGAUGCCGCGGGAAGGAGCGACGGAAAGUGAACUGAAGCAGAGGAAGGGGGAGGGGGAGAAGCCGCAGAAGCAGAGGCGAGAGAGAAGGAGACAGAGAGCUGGAGGAAGGAAAGCGCGGAAGCACAUUUCACCCAUCUUUGAGGAAGUCUGCUGCUAUGGCAGCCGUAGAGAGUAGCGAUCUGCAAACAGUAAAAGGUCCCGGAGAAGAGGAAGGGCAGACGGAAGACAGAGAGCGAGGAAAAGAGGAAGGAAAGGUGAGCCCAAAUCAAGGACGAGAUGCCAGAGAAGACGCAGAUGAAACUGUCUCAAGUGCUCCUCGAGAGCAAGACGGGGAAGUGGAGGCCGCCCAGAGCAAGACAGAAGAGCGGAAGAUUUUAGGCGACGUGCGAGAAAACAGGAAAUGUCGAGAGGCUGUGGAUGAGUGGCCAGGCCGUCAAGAAUUUGGAGACGACGUCGAAGACGCAGAGAAAGAAAAUGGCGGGGCAAAGGGCAAACGACAGGAUGGGCCGACAAGAAGAAACAUGCAAGCUGGCAAUUCAGAAAAUUCUCAGGACGCCGCUGUCGCCAUCGCUGCUGUAACCUCUCCCAUCUUGGGGUCGGGACCUCCGGGAUCGGGUGUAUGUACACCCCAGAUACAGGUGGGAGAAGGUACGGAAUGCAAAGACGGCGAAGCUUUCCGAGAUGGUCAGAGAAGGGCAGAAGCAGAAGCUCCCACAGCCGAAGCUGGGGCGGCUGGAAGCACUGGUCUUUCUGGUGUACAUACAGGAGACAAGGUGGCUGUCCACGAAGACAUGAGGGACCUGCGACAACAUCCUCGCGCGUUUCUCUCGGGUGUAUCGACGCCGGUCGAACGAGGCGAAAGACAGGCAGCAGACGCGGGAGGGAUUUUUGAAACGCGCGGGGAAGCGUCCGUGCGGAAGGUUUCUUCUCAAGUUUCCUCACUUGCUUCCGCGGAUGCCGCCUGUCUUCUGUCCUCGUCUUCGUCUCCUUCCGCGACUUCGUUGCCCGGUCUUUUCUCUCCAGAGUCUUGUGCCGCUCCGCCGGACAGCGCAUCGGGAGAAGAUGUGUCUCAGGUGGUCGAGCGUCUACGUCGAGAGAAGGCGGAGGCGACGGAGAUCUUUGCGGAGACGGUCUCCCGGUACGACGAGGAAAUUCGUUUUCUUCGAGCUCAGCUCGCAGCGUGUGGUACAACGAAGGCAGAGUCUUCCUUUCCUCGACAGCGUUCGGUUUCUUCCUUCUCGUUUGUCUUCUCGCCCUUCUACUCGUCUACCUUGUCGUCGGUUCGCGAGCGCGGGGAUAAAGUUCAAGAAAGCUCCUUUCACCCUGGCCACCCCUCUCACUUCAGACGAGGCCAGGAGAAGAGCACUUCUCUCUCUUCGCCGCCCUCUUCGUGUGCACUUCCAAGCGUCUCUGCGGGUUCCUUCUCCUCUCUCGAGGAGACAAGCGUCUCUUCCUUCUCCUCCUCGACCCCAGCCUCAGCUCGAGCCCAGGCACUUGCGGACAACAGAGCGUUUCUCUCAACCGAAAGAGGCAAAGACUGUCGGGGCAGCUUCUCAAGGCUGUCAGACGUUUUGCCGGAGAAGCCAGUGUUGUCUCCGAUGUACCAGGGCGCGGCGGUGAAGAGCGAGGGGAAGGAGGCGGGGGGAACAGGCGGAUUGGCCCCCGCAGUGCAUGCGUCGUCAGGAAAUACAGAAAAAAACAGAUUUUUCCCUUCCUCCAUCCGCACGAGUGGAAGCAAAAGCGGCAUCGCUGCGUUCGCCAAGUCCCCGCGACAGGGCCAACAAAACGUAGUGUCUGGAGCCUCAGCUUGGCGCGAGGAAGGCGCUGCGGUGGCUGCGCUCAGGUGUACAGACACCACAGGGGUUCGGGGUCCGGAGGAGGGAGGGAGCGCUGGCGCAGUCGGAGGCGCGUCAGCCUCUUCGUUGGACCGGCAAGGUGACCGAGAAGGAGCUGCGCUUCGGCUCGAGGCCUCGGAGUGUGCAGAGACAGCACAGAGCAAGCGGGGGAAGUCUUCCGGAGAGGGGAGUCGCGGGAAGGAGGACUCGAGCCCAAAGGCGUCUCUCCAGCGCGUCGCGAGUCGCAUCGCCGCCACGAGUGUCGCGAAGAAAUUGUACGGCAUGGGGCGCCUCGCGUCUCUGCACAGUUCGCAUGCAGCAGACCUCAGCAAGACUCCUGCGCCGUCUCCAUUCUCUUUCUUCCCUGGCAGCUUCGGCCUCGGAGCCGAGAAGGAAGACUCUCCUUUCCGCGUCGGGAGCGCGAACUCGUGCACGCCUCUGUUCGCCUUGCGCUCGGGGGGAAAGCCCUUUCCAGACACCACGGGAGGGGAGCGGGGGACAGCUCUGUCGACAGCUGCGGGCGUCGAAGGGUCGCCGGCUGCCGGAACAGUUGCCGACGGCUGUCUCGCGUCGUCUUCGGAGUCUCUGGAGGCUGCGGAGGCAGUUGGGGGACGAGACGGGUCGGAGACCGAGGUCGCUGAGGAGGGAAAGAAAGAUAGGAGAGUGUCUCUUGGCGCAGGCCUCGCGCGCUUCGCCAGCUGCUCUGUCGCCGCUCUCUCAGAUCCGCAGCUGGGCCGGAGCGAGAGCGCGAGUCUCUCCUCCGCCCAGACUGGAGAAAAAGCCGAGAGUGGAUCCAGUGGCGUCGUGCGUUCGUGGCGAGCUCUUUUGUUUCGGGACAAAUCGUCACAUGCUUCGUCUUCCUCGUCUUCUUUGAGUAAGGGCGGGUGUCGAGGGUUCGGCGGCGGAUUCAGUUUCAAGGGGCGCGAGAAGCGCGAGGACGCGGCCUUUUUCUCUGCGCGGGAGAGUGGACAUCUGUCUGCGCCCAGCAGUCUCCGCCUGCGGCGCGGCGGGAGAGAGCUUCGCGGCGGCGCGCGGCGGCCCGAGGCGGACGCGAGUGUGCUGCAUGCAGCGACUUGGAUCGACGAAAUUCUCCCGGACUGGGACGCCCAGCGACACUCGCCGCUGUUCAAGCAGCUGCUCCACGCAGGCGUUCCGGCAGAGGUUCGCGGGGAAGUCUGGAAGAAAGCCGUAGGCGACCAACUGUGCAUCACGCCGCGACUCUACGAACUGCUUCUCAGUCGCGUUCAACACGUUCGCAGCUACCUGCUGCGUACCAGCAGCCGGUACAGAGACCGAAUCGCAGAAACGAUGCGGACGGACGACGAUGGUGACGCGGAAGAGAGGAGUGCAGCGGGAGAGAAGGAGCAGGACGUGGAGAAGGCGGAGGGAGAGAAGGAAGAGGAGAAGAAAGCGAAGCCAGAGAGUGUCCAGGGACAGCUGGAGGCAGAUCUGCACAGUCGCCAGGGGUGCUGCGCUUGUUGUCGGCACCAGCGCAAACCGCGACUUCACGAGAAAGGAGGAGCCGAGUCGCCUCGGAGGUUGCCUACGCGAACAGACGGAGACACCUCCCUGUCUCCCGAGGAGGCAUUCAGCGGAACGUCGAAUUCCGUACCUUUCUCCGCAUCUGGCGAGAAACGCUCAAGGGGGUUUGUCUCCCCGCGCUGCUGUUGCUGUUGCAUAUCGUGCGGAAGCUGCGAACAUGCGCCUUCUCGUCCAGCCUCCCCGUCGUCGGCCUCUGGCGCCUCCUUCGCGUCUUGUCCCUGCGGUUUCUUCAACUGGGAACCGGACGUCUUCUCUGCUUUUCAAACGAUCGCCAUGGACCUCCACCGUACGCUGCCUCGCCUCGGUGCGUGCAAGGCGCGCGCGUCGCGGCCCCCGCGCGAGGCGAAGAAGCGCGAGGAAAGACGCGUCGACGCAGGCGACAAAGAAAGUCGCGAGCGAGCGGCAGACGCCGCGCCCACGCAGACAGAGAGCGGAGAACGCACAGAGCAAGCAGAGAAGGUCGAAGAGCCGGCCGCCGAGGGAGAGGGGGAGAAAGCGGAGAGCGAGGAGCGGGCAAAGACGAGUGUGAGGGACGCCGAGGUCGACGAGAAAAGGAUGCGCGGCGCCCGAGUCGCUCGUGAUGAAGAAGAAGAAGAAGGGAAAGACAGAAGGGAAGUUGCUGCCGAAGGUCACGAGAUGUGGUUUGCAGGUGAAGAGGAAAAUGAAGUCGGUGAGAUGAAAGAGAGAAAGGCGACAGUCUGGAACGCAAAGGACCGCGUGUCAAGAGGCGACAGCCAAGAGCCUGGCAAAAGAUCCACCGACACCCUACGCAGAGACUCAUCUCCCUCAACACCCAAGUCCGACGGAGACUGUAAUGUACCAUCUUCUUCUGCCUCGUCGUAUUCUUCUUCUCGGUCGAGGUCGAAGUCGCGAGAGCGGGUCGACAAGCAGGCGGUGCAGCCUCUGCCGUUCGGUGUUCCUGCGAGUCACAUGAUGUACGAGUAUCUGCGCUGUGUGUUGGAAGCGUACGCAGUUUUCCGUCCUGACGUCGGCUACGUUCAGGGUAUGGCGUAUCUCGCAGGCGCGUUUCUGCUGUACAUGGACGAAUACUCGGCCUUCGUCUGUCUCAGCAACCUCCUGCUGCGGAAGUCUCUCCACGCGUUUUACACUUUUGACAUGGCCGUCGUCGGCCUGUAUUUCCGAACGUUCGAUGCACUUCUCGUCCAGAAACUUCCUCAAAUCGCGGCUCACUUCGAGGCUUGCGGAGUCCGCAGCGAUGUGUUCCUCAUCGAGUGGAUGUACACCCUGUUCACGAGGUGUUUGCCCUUCGAGCUCGUCAGUCGCGUUUGGGAUUUUUUUCUCGUCGAGGGCGACAUUGUUCUUUUCCAGGCUUCGCUUGCAAUUCUCUCUUACUUCCACGACGAACUGCUCGGAGGCAGCAUGGAUGAGUGCAUGGCAGUUCUCUCCUCAUCGACGACUACGCACUUUCAAGCAAUGGAGCUCGACCGCUUCUUCGCUUGUUUCCAUGCCCUCGCUCUAACGCAAGAACACCUUCAGGCGACCAUGCAGACUGUUGCAGCCGCGCUCUCCCGCCAGCGCCACCAAAAACAAUCUUCUCGAGUUGCUCCCUUGCCUUCAAAGUCUUCUUUCAACUCUUCUCACCUCUCGUCUCCCAAUUCAACUGACGCCUCUUCUUGUCUCUCUUCUUCCUCGUCGUCUUGUGCCUCUUCUUCCUCGUCGUCUUGUGCCUCUUCUUCCUCGUCGUCUUGUCUCUCUUCUUCGUCUCUCUCUUCCACUGGAGUAUCAGGUGCUGGGGGCCUUGCAUGCAUGGCCUUUUCGCCAGCUGAGGAGUCGGAAAUUCAACCGAGAAAGGACGCGAGGGAAGGAAGCGAUGGAAGCGAAGCCGACGCGGGAGAAGAGCGCAAGAUGGAGAGAGAAAACGGAGAGAUCGAGGUACAGUAGAACAAAAAGAAACAGAGUCGGGGAGGAGAGCCAGAGAUGGAAAUGGGAUCUCCGCGCAGAAGAGAAAGCAAGACUGAAGAGGGUGUCCACGAGAGUUGAAAGCGAGAACGAACGAGAGACUGAACGGAGGACGAAAACAGGAGAGCCUCACGUCUCACACAGAACCGCAUUCGCUGCGUAACAACGACGCGAGGAAGUGAACAACCGGCGCUAAGCUGCCUGAGGGCAGCGUAGACAGCAGACUGGCUUUUUUCAAGUUUCGAAGUGCAUGCACUGGCAAAAAGAGACCCAUAGAGUGUCUGGCGUUCUGCUUUAUCCUUCUCGAGAACGUCCGAUGCCCGAGGUUGUUCAGCGCUGGUGUUGUCCGUAGACUUCGGUGACGUCAACUCUCCCUGAAGGACGGGAGACCUGCGAAAUCUGGUAGAGUUCAUUUUUCUUCAUCUGUCCUUCGUCUCCCGCUUUCACGGUUUCUGUGUUCAUUUUUCUGCGUCAGUCCUUCCUACCUAUUCGCCAAAAUCUCGAAGCGAGGUGUGAAGACAGAUUCUACAGGGUGGACAGACUCGGCGUUCCGUUUGGGGGGAUUGAAGGGAACGAAGGAAUAAAGUCGAGACGCGGGGGAGUCCUCGGAGAUUCAGUGUGCCGUUUUUCUCGUUUUUUCAUUAUCUCCACAGUCGCGUGUUUUUGUUCUAAAAGCCGGGCCAACUCAUGGGACUUUGCAGCUGCUGCCGCUGCGACAGCUCGUCUCACAAUUCGCUUUCCAGGUGUCUGCGGUUGAAGUCUCACGAAAAGAGUGCUCCCUCUGCCUCCGUACACGUAGCAGAGAAGAGGCUCGGGUGUCUCCACAUGGAGUCACGGUAGAAACAAGUCAACCGUCUUUACCUCACUGUAUUCGCCAGUGCUUCGCGAUGUUCACAUCUGCAUCUAAGUAACGCCAUCUGCGGAGACCAGGCUGCCUGAUUCUAUCUCUGUCGAUCUAUGCCCUAUCUCUAUAUUUUUCUCUCAUCUGCGGGGGGGCAUCUGGAGGACCUUAUACAAAUAAUAUGUAGAAAUAAAAAAUAUAUAUAUACUUAUAUCUAUACAGAGAGAGAUAGGUUGGUAUCUGUGCGGUGCCUAAGUCGACGUUUACAGACGAGUCUUUCUCCGUCUGUAGCUACAUCUGUUUCCGUUUAUCUUUCUGUGUCAGUUUAUAGUGUCGACAGAGAGCUGCAUGUCUGUUUCCGGGGAAGAAGGGCAAAGAAUGCUGAGAGGUUUUUUCGGAUGGAUUUUCUUGAGCGUGUCUGACACUCAUUUCAAGUGACAUCACCGGCCAAGUUGCCGUUUUCACUUGUCCCUCAGGAAGGAAAGAAGUUCUUUUUCAGCAGCAAGCACUUUUCUGUUUUCUCAUCGUGCUGUACACUGUGCCUGGGGAGACCUGAGAGCGUGGACCAGCGUGAAGCCCUUUCCUUUUUAUUUCGUGAAGAAAGUCGUUUUUCACUGUGUUUUGUGAGAACGCAAGCGGCUGAGGUCGCAGCGGG